AUGCGUCCGUCGGAUGUGAGCUCUCUAACCGUCCUUUUUUCCGUUGUCGUCCCGUCUUUCCUAUGCUCUGUGUUAGUAGUAGCUGCUUUAUACUGGUCGUGGAUGCUUCUCCUUCCCUUUGCUGGGCUGGAGGAGACCAAAUUGCCGUUAAACCACGCCGACACUUCGGUUUGUAAAGACGAGAACACGAACGACAGCAACAGCAACAGCGUCAACACCAACAACGUCAACGACGGCAACAUGACGACAGCCCAACACAACAACACUUUUGUCCCACAGUCAGUCAGCCAUUGUGCUGCCCCUUCCACUCCCACUCCCACUUCUAGUUCUGCCCCUUCGACUUUGGCUCUCAAGUCGAAUAAGUCUCUAUCAAAUACCCUUCAAGUGCCCUCCCCUUCAAAUGGCACUCGUGGAAAUGUUACUCCGACUGACAAUCCAAGAAGCUCCUCACGGUCGAAUGGGGACAAUGUGGAGGUUUUCUUCAAGAUGAUUCCCAUGGGUGGGAAGGACCGACAGAACCUUGCCAACUAUAAACGGACUUCCUCGAUCUUGGACUGGACCCAAUCAUCCUUUGGCAAAGCAUACGGUAAAAGACCGUCGGUAUACUCUCUCGUCGGCCAGGAGGACAAUGCCGACAAUGACACGGCUAGUUCUUCGUCCCGACCACGAUACUCUAAAUCGGAAACAUUGUCUGCCUUAUACGGAUCGAAUUAUGCACGAAGCGAUGUUGGAUCCGAUACCGAGUCGGAGAGGAGCUAUGAUCUUGGUCAAAGGCUCGGCCAGAUUUACGCUGCCCUGGGGAACAGUGAGAAUGCCGCGGCGGGCGAAGAAAUUAGGAACCAGCAGAUCCAGAUGAUUGAGCAACUACGACAAGAAAUUGCGACUUUACGUUCGGAAAUGCAAGAGACCAGGCAGUCGGUUUCACAAAAAGAACAUGAGUGUGCUAGGUAUUUGGUUGAACAUUACAAUCUGAUCAGAGGGGAUCUGGAGGAACAGGAUUUGGAGGAAGUAGAGGAACUCAAGAACGAAGAAGACAUCGAUCACUCGCUCUUGUCCCAGAAGCUACAACCCCUCUACGAAAUCCUCAGACACCAGCUCCUCGACCUUCGAGAGAAAUAUCAGAGCUACGAUACUUUAAUUCACAGCCUUAAGGCUAGGGAGCAGUCACAAGAUACAUCGAUCUCGAAUCUGGAAGCCCUUGUUACCGAGCUUCGAGAAAAGCACCAAGUCGAAAUCGAUAAACUCCAGAGAGCAGCAGAUGAAUUUGCAGACGGCCUCCAAAGGCAAGUUAGCAGCGGUCUUGAAGAGCAGGAUAAAUUGAAGGCGAGCAUCACCCAACUAAAUGAACUCCACUCCACCAAUUCCAAAAAGUCUCAAAACGAGAUCUCGGAAAGAGACGAACUUAUUAGAGCUCUCCGAGAGGCCACAAAACAAGAAGUCGAAUCUCUUAAAGCAGAGUUCGAGACAAGCAAAACUGAAGCGGAUAGACUGUACCAAUCUUUACGCACCGAAUCCGAGGCCGAAAUCAAGAGCCUUAAAUCUAACCUCGAAGAGAGUCGAGAAGAAACCAAUGAUCUCAGAGACAGACUUCAAGCGGCUGCUACGAUCGCCGACACUUUGAAGGUCCAAUACAUACAAGCCCAAGACGACCUGAAAAACCAGAUAAGCAGUGCCGAAGCCAACAUUCUCAGCCUGAGGACUGAAAGCCAGCAACGCAUUGAUAACCUAACAGAACAGGUACAGAAACACUCUAUUUACGUCGAUGAGUUGACUUUGCAACGACAAAAGGAUGCCGAGUCCCACGAAGAACAACUUCGGGAUAAAGAUGCAAUUAUUGCCCAACUACGAUGUGAAAUAAAACAAGAAACCUCGAAACUCAAGGAACUUGAAAGAGAGCUAAGGAAGAAAGCGGAUGAACUCGAGAGUCGAGAGCAGCAUCUCAAGGAAGAGCUCGAAGCCUUGCUUCAAAGGGAGUCUGAGGGCCAGGAAGAAGCUGGCUCGCUUCAAUCCCUGAGACAAACUUUACUGGACAGGGAAGCCGCUUUGGUUGAACGUGAGGCCUCUUGCCAAAUACAAGAAUCAGAUUUAGACAGCCGGCGACACACCAUCGAGAAGCACGAAAACAAGGUUGCUGAGUCGUUGGCCGCUGUUUCCGACCGUGAAAAGUCUUUAGAUGAGCGAGAUACAACCUUGACUGAGAGCGCCGCCGCUAUAUCCAGCCGUGAGGCCCAUGCCAUCCAAAAAGAGACUGAGCUCCAGGAACGGCUGGAAUCCUUGACUGCCCGGGAUCUGGAAUUGAGUCAACAAGAUGCAAAAAUUCAGGAAACCUCCACACUGCUUCAGACACGGGAAAUAACAUUAACAACUCUCGAGGCGACAAUUACUAAACGAUCCGAGGAGGUCUCAACGCUCGAAAAGGAGAUUGAAUCUAAACAGACAUCGCUCAGCGAAAGAGAAAAGGAGCUUACUCAACAACAAGAAACCCUCUCCCACCGUGAAGAGCGUUUGUCUGCAGAGGAGUCGAGGAUCAGUGAGAAGGAAUUAGUAUUAGCAUCUCAGGAAAAAUCGCUUGUCUCCCGGACGGAUGAGCUAACAGCGAAGGAGUCUGCCCUCUCGACAAACGAAUCAGAUUUCUCCGGUCGCGUAGCAGAAUUUGAGCAAUCUAAGCAAAAGCUAGAGUUGGAGCAGUCUAAUUUGAAGGUCGUAUCCGCGGAAUUGGACUCUUCACGAGACGAACUUUUAAAGAAGCUCUCGUCACUCUCAACCCGCGAGGAGGAAUCUAAAGCUCAGCAAGACAAGCUUGUUCAGCAAGCUGAACAAUUGGGCAAGCGAAGCGAUGAGCUCAAGAAACAAGAAACAGAAAUUGAAGAACGUCUAGCUACGGAGACCAAGAAUCUAGAAUCACGCCAGCACGACAUCGAUACUCAAUCCCGGAACAUUUUCCAGCUCCAGAAGGACCUCGAUGAGGAAAAGCAAAACCUGCAAAAUGAGCGGAGCGCCCUUGAGCAGCAAAAAUUGGAGGUGAGCGAGGCCCAAAAAAGUAUCGCGCAAGAGCAGGAAGAUGUUGCGGCGAAAAAGCAGGACCUUGACGAACUGCGACGAGAUCUUGAACGGCAACUCCAAUCGCUGGAAACAAGAAAUCGGGAGCUCGAACAACAAGAGAUCCUUCUUUCUCAGGGAAAGCAAGAUCUUGACCAAGAUAGGCACGACCUCACCACUCAGAAGGAAGCCUUUGAGCAAGAACGGAAGGAGUUCGAAAAACUCAGGCAAGAUGUGGAGGGACAAAGAAAUCGUCAAGACGAGCAACAGCGAACUCUUGAAGAAAAGAUCACAAUAACCGAAUCGAAGAAUCAAGAGCUUAUUGAAAGGGAGCGAGUGCUUGAGGAGAAGAUCUCGUUUGAGACAGCCCAGCUGGAUUCGCAAAACCAAACAUUACGUGAGCAACAAGUUUUGUUUGAACAACAACAGUCCGCGCUUGUCACCAAAGAGGACGAUCUCGCACAGAGGGCGCAAGCGCUGGAAUCGGGCACAAAGGACUUGGUAUCCCAGAAAGCGGAGUUCGAUACGUACAAGCAGAGCCUGCUCUCCGGAGAAGAAGAACUCAAGGGUCGCAUCUCGGAGCACGAAAAGAAUGUUCGAGAUCAACAAACGGCUUUGGAAUCAAAGCAGACAGCCCUCAAAGAUCUUGAGGAUGGUUUAAUAGGCCGCAAAUCCGAAUUUGAUCAACUAAAGUCUGAGCAAGAGUCAACCUUCGCUGAGAGGGAUUCGUCUUUGAGCAAACUCGAGGAGGGCCUCAAGGCUCGGGUACGCGAACACGAAGAGGAUGUUGCACAACGGCAAUCGCAAUUGAAGACCCGAGAAGAUGAACUCAAUGGCUUGGAGAGUACGCUUUGUAGAAGGCAGGACGAUGCUGCGGCCAAGGAACAACAACUUCAAGAGCUUGAUGAUACCCUUAACCAACGCGCUGCUGACCAUGAAGCCGCAUCUAAAGAGCGCGAUAAUGUCCUUCAACAACGAGAGCAAGAUAUCACUUCGAAGGAUUCUCAAAUUAGGGAACUUGAAGGCGACCUCAGCAAGCGUAUGGCGGAGCACAAAGCUAGCGUUGAUCUCAAGAAAGAGGAAUUCGAGGCGAAGGAAAAGGAAAUUCUUAGCAAAUCCCAAGAAGUAGAUGCUCGGGUCGCCAAGCUUGACGAACAAGAUUCGAAAUUGAGGAUCUUGGAACUAGAGCUUGGUACUCGAGUCGAGACCCUAAAUGCCCAAGAGGAAAAAUCCGAAAAGCUGAAACAGGAGCUUGGUACCAAGGAAAAGGAGAUUCAUUGUGCAUCGGAGGCCCUGAAGUCAGAGAAGGACAACCUUGACGCGAAGGCCAAGCGACUUAGCGAUCUAGAAGAUGGCCUAAAUGCUCGCAGCCACAAGCUCGAGGAGUCUGAGAGGGCUUACGAAGAAAAGGUCGCUAAGGGAUCUCAAAAGGCAGAAGAUGAAGCUGCUAUUCAAGAAGCUCGGCUGAAAGAGUUAAAUCAUCUUCAGGGCUGUCUCGAUAAGCAGAAACAUGACCAAGAGUCAGCACAGGAAGAUAUAACUGCAAAACAUAAAGCAUUGACCGAACGGGAAAAUGAAAUGAAACAAAAACAAGCGGAGUUGGAUGAUCUUAAGGCCAAACUUAUCCUUGCUAUGGAAGAGCUGCGGAAGGCGGAAAGCCGUCCUUCAACAGCUGGAUACAGCCUGAGUGAAGCGCCAGAUACUGCAAGCGUUAAUCUCACCGCUCGGAGUUCGAGAUCCAACAUCCAGGAAGACCGAGCUUCAAUAGUAACCAAAGAUACGCUCGAUCAACUUGGUCCCACACCAAACUCCGUCCCAGCAAUUUCCGUGAAUGAACCAAAAGUUCAUUACGAGAACCAGAGCGCAACUAGCAGUUCAGGUGGUGAUAUGACAAGACCUUCAACCGGUGCAUCCCAUUUCUCUUAUUCUCAAACGUCUGUGACGUCCUCUCGGAAUGACCAAACGACGGCAUCCGGCUCUAUCCGUCCUCCUUCCGCUUAUAGUACCGUCCCUUCAGUCAUGGAAGACCCUCGUUAUUGUCAUGUGUGCCACAUGAUUCACGAGAUACCGCCAACAAAAGGGAAACAUAGCUAUCGAAAUAAACUCCACAAAGCCCAACCGGCCAAACGAUCUGUCUUUGAGGCUUUCAAAGAGACCAACAAGAGCCUUGGUAUCAAAGUUCAAAAUGCCGAAGAGAAGAAGAAGAGAAGACAUCGGAGCUUCCCAGUUUGGAUAGAUCAAGAAGUGCUCCGACAUAGCCAUGAAGCCCCCUCGAAGAACAAGGCGAAAUAA